AUGAAACUCUUAAUAUUUUUGUUACUUAUCGCGAGUUGUUACGCUGAUAUUAAAAAUGCAGGCAUGAAGGAUUUUAGUACUGAACUUUUAAGUCACGCGCAAUUAGAAACAAGUGGAAACAUUGUGAUAUCCCCUUUCGGUCUGUGGACUUUGCUGGCAGCCGUCGCAUCUGGUGCAAGUGGUAACAGUAGAACUGAAUUGGAAAAGGUUUUGCAACUAUCCAGUGAACAGAACACAUUAAUAGACGAAUAUAAAAACAUAACGGAGAUAAUACUCGAAUCACAUACUCAAGAUGUAAUUAUUACUAGUAAAAAUUUUGUUUUCCUAGACAAAAGUUUUGAAGUAUUUGAUUCCUUUGAAACAACGCUGACCAAUGAUUUUAAUGCACAAAUGAUAAGGCUUGAUUUUGAAAAUUCUGAAGCAGCAGCGGAACAUGCUAACACAAUAAUAAAAGAGUCAGGUGCGACAGAAUUAGAUGUAUUGCGAGCAGACGAAUUUGUCAUGUCGAAGAUGAUUUUAACAAAUUUGAUAUCUUUUAAAGGACUUUGGCAACUGCCUUUCAAUACUUCUGAUACAAAUGUUGAACCGUUUUAUGAUGAAAAUGGAAACCAAAUAGGUUCAGUGAAAAUGAUGUAUCAAAGAGCAGAAGUGCCUUUCUCGAACGUGCAGAACCUACAAGCCCAUGUAAUAGAUCUGCCUUAUGGAAAUAACGACAAGUACUCUAUGCUUAUAGUAUUGCCCUACCCUAAAAUAAAACUAAGUGAAAUGUACCAGAGAUUCACAGAAGUAACAUUGCAAGUUAUAUUCGAAAAACUGGACAGUGACACGAAAGAAUUCGACUUAGAAGAGGUAGAUUUGAGAUUGCCUCGAUUUGAAAUUAAUACUAACAUAGUUUUGAAUAAACCAUUAAAUAAAAUGGGUAUAUAUGACAUAUUCAAUCAAAACACAGCUAACUUUGAUAAAAUAACUACAGAAAAAAUAUAUAUCUCAACUAUAGUACAAAAGGCUAAAAUUGAAGUAACUGAAGUUGGUACGACGGCAUCUGCUGAUACGACGGCAAAUAUUCCCAAUCGAAUCACCACACCUCAGUUUAUUGCUAAUCGCCCAUUCGUUUAUUUUAUUAUCGAAAGAACUACAAGGACCGUAUUAUUUAAUGGGAUCUACUCAGAACCAAUCUUGUUU